UUCCGGAUGUCAAUAUGCGGCUUGGUGCGGCGCUGGGGAAACGGAACCACUGGAAAGAUGUAAACGGAGGACCCAGCGAUCAGCAGCCUCACCGAACACACUAAACGUUACGUCCCGGGAACCCGCCGCUCCGCGCCGACACACGAAGCACAGCGAGCGGCCUCUCGUUGAGCCUCCGUCCCCCGAAGCAGCGGAGCUCUUUGCCUUUAGCAGCCAUCUUUUGUGAGAGAAUGUACGGGGCGACGCGGCGGGCCUGCUCGGGCUCUGGCCGGGGCCGGAGCCUGCUGAUGCUGACCACCGCGCUGCUGCUGUCCGUUAUCGGGCUGCUGUCCGGGCUGCCCGGCUUCACCGAGGCGAAGGAAUGCGACAAACCGUGUAUGAACGGACAGUGUAACACCGCCACCGGGAACUGUGUGUGCUUCCCCGGCUGGGUCGGGGACCAAUGCCAGCACUGCGGAGGGAGAUUCAGGUUGACGGGGCCCUCUGGUCACCUGACUGACGGUCCAGGAAACUACAAGUACAAGACUAAGUGCACCUGGCUGAUCGAAGGACAGCCCAACACUAUACUGCGAUUACGGUUCAACCACUUUGCCACUGAAUGCAGCUGGGACCACCUCUACGUGUACGACGGAGACUCCAUCUACGCCCCCCUUCUCGCUGCCUUCAGCGGUCUAAUCGUUCCUGAGCGAUAUGGGAAUGAGACGGUUCCUGAGGUGGUGUCUCAGUCCGGUUUCGCCCUCCUGCAUUUCUUCAGUGAUGCUGCUUACAAUCUGACUGGGUUCAACAUUUCCUACAGGGUGAAUACAUGUCCCAACAACUGCUCGGGGCGUGGCGAGUGUCGUGUGAGUAACUCCACAGGUGCGGUGUACUGUGAGUGUGAAGACAAGUGGAAGGGGCCGGCCUGUGACGUCCCCUACUGCCUGGCUGACUGUGGCAGCCCUGACAGAGGUCGCUGCGAGGGCAAAUCCUGUGUCUGCAAGCCCGGAUGGCAAGGUCCAGACUGCUCCGUCUCAGUGCCUGCCAACUCCUCCUUCUGGAGCCGGGAGGAGUACACUGAGGCCGGGCUGGCGAGGGCUUCCCACAAGGCCGUGGUGGACCAGGGCAUCAUGUGGGUUAUUGGAGGCUACGUCUUCAACGCCUCCGACUAUCACAUGGUCAAAGCGUAUAACCUCAGCUCCAGGAGCUGGCUGACCCUUGACCCCUCCGUCCACACUGUCACGCCACGAUACGGCCACUCGCUGGCUCUUCAUGAGGGGAAGAUCUACAUGUACGGAGGAAAGAUCGACUCCACAGGAAACGUCUCCAGCCAGCUGUGGGUGUUCCACAUCCAGAACCAGACCUGGGUCCUCCUGAGCCCACGAGCCAAAGAGCACUACGCCGUGGUGGGACACUCGGCCCACAUCGUGCCUCCCGUCCAGGAGGGGGCCAAUCCCGUCAUGCUGGUGAUGUUUGGACACUGUCCUCUGUACGGAUACAUCAGCCUGGUGCAGGAGUACAACAUCGUGAAGAACACAUGGAGCCUGGUGUCCACAGACGGCGCUCUGGUCCAGGGCGGCUACGGCCACAGCAGCGUGUUUGACCCCAGCACCAGAGCCAUCUACAUCCACGGAGGCUACAAGGCUUUCAGCGCCAACAAGUACGGCCUGGCAGGAGACCUGUACAAGUUCGACGUGGACAAGAGGAAAUGGACCAUCCUGAGAGACAGCGGCUUCUUCCGUUACCUCCACACGGCGGUGAUCGUGAGCGGAACGAUGCUGGUGUUUGGAGGAAACACGCACAACGACACAUCCAUGAGCCACGGUGCCAAGUGCUUCUCCGCCGACUUCCUGGCCUACAGUCUGGCGUGUGAUGAGUGGACGGUGCUGCCUCGACCGGACCUUUACCACGACGUCAAUCGCUUCGGACACUCGGCAGUCUUCAGCGACAGUGUGAUGUACGUGUUCGGCGGCUUCAACAGCCUGCUGCUCAGCGACGUCCUCAUGUACACCUCGCCCAGCUGCGCGGCCUUCUCCAGCUCGGCGUCCUGCAGCCAGGCCUGGCCGGGGAUCCACUGCAUCUGGAACAGCACCCAGGGGACCUGCCUGCCCUGGGAGAGCAGCGCUAUCGGAGGCGAGCAGCAGCAGCUCCCGGCCUCCUGCACCACACGAUCAUACGCUGAUAACGAGAGGUGUGACCAGUACACAGACUGCUACAGCUGCACCGCCAACACUAAUGGCUGCCAGUGGUGCUCGGGCCAGUGUGUGUCUCUGGGGAGCAACUGCACCUCUGCAACGGGAGCCAUCGGGGAGUAUGACGUUUGUCCUAAAGACAACCCGUCAUACGUGUGCAACAAGAAGACCAGCUGUAAGAGCUGCGCUGUGGACCAGAACUGUCAGUGGGAACCUCGCAACCAGGAGUGCAUCUCUCUGCCAGAAAACGUGUGCGGUGAGAGCUGGCACCUGGUGGGGAACUCCUGUCUGAAGUUCAUCACAGCGAAGGACUCGUACGACAACGCCAAGCUGGCCUGUAGGAGCCACAACGCCGUCCUGGCCUCGCUGACCACGCAGAAGAAGGUGGACUUUGUCCUGAAGGAGCUGCAGAUAAUGAGCGUAGUGUACAAGGCUACGGUGACGCCCUGGGUGGGGCUCAGGAAGAUCAACGUGUCGUACUGGUGCUGGGAGGACAUGUCACCCUUCACUAACACCACUCUGCAGUGGCUGCCCGGCGAGCCGAGCGAUGCCGGCUUCUGCGGCUACCUGGCCGAACCGGCGUCCAGCGGACUGAAAGCACAGACCUGCAUCAACCCGGUGAACGGCAGCCUGUGUGAACGGCCGGCCAACCACAGUGCCAAGCAGUGCCGGACGCCGUGUGCCAUGAGAACCACCUGCAGCGAGUGCACCAGCAGCAGCUCCGAGUGCAUGUGGUGCAGCAACAUGAAGCAGUGCGUCGACUCCAACGCCUACGUGGCGUCCUUCCCCUUCGGGCAGUGUAUGGAGUGGUACACCAUGAACACGUGUCCACCCGAGAACUGCUCCGGGUACAGAACCUGUGGCCAGUGUCUGGACCAGCCGGGCUGCGGAUGGUGCACCGACCCCAGCAACACGGGCAAAGGUCAGUGCAUCGAGGGCUCGUACCGCGGGCCCUUCCAGACCUCGGUCCCGGCCCCGUCCACCCUCCCAGGCCUCCCCGCCAGCCCUCAGCCGGCCCUCAACGCCAGCAUGUGCCCCAGUGAGGCCAAAUACAACUGGUCCUUCAUCCACUGCCCAGCUUGUCAGUGUAACGGUCACAGCCAGUGUAUCAACGAGAGUGUGUGUGAGAAGUGCGAGGACCUGACAACCGGCCGACACUGCGAGAGCUGCAUCUCUGGCUUCUACGGAGAUCCGACCAACGGGGGCACCUGCCAGCCCUGCAAGUGUAACGGCCACGCCAGCAUGUGCAACCCCAACAACGGCAAAUGUUUCUGCACCACUAAAGGCAUCAAAGGAGAUCGCUGCCACCUGUGUGAAGUCGAGAAUCGUUACCAAGGCAACCCCCUCAAAGGAACAUGUUACUACACGCUCCUCAUCGACUACCAGUUCACCUUCAGCCUGUCGCAGGAGGACGACCGCUACUACACCGCCAUCAACUUCGUGGCCACACCUGAGGAGGUAAGUCUCUGACAGUGAA